UUCGAUUACUGGGCCUGGAGAUCCUCUACAUAUGUAUAUAUUCCAGAAGCAACACGGACAGCAUUCGAUUCUAUACUGAACGUGAAAGUUGCGAGAAGGAAAGGAGAGAAUAAAAUGCCGAUGAAGACUUUGGAAGCAACAAUAUCAACAUUUGAUGAAGUUAUUCAGAAAUUUACAAGUGAAUCACCAAACUACAAAGCCAAUUUCAUCGCCUUCUUGGCUGACAAAGACCCAUCAACCAAUCUUAGCUGGUGCCCUGAUUGUGUGAGAGCUGAGCCCAUCAUAUACAAGAAGCUAGAAUCAUCACCAGACGAUGUGGCACUGCUGAAGGCUUAUGUUGGAGAUAAGCUUACAUGGAGGAAUCCUCAGCACCCAUGGAGAAUUGACUCGAGGUUUAAGCUCAAAGGAGUUCCAACAUUAAUUCUCUGGGAAGAUGGUGUAAUAAAGGGUCGUCUGGAAGAUCACGAAGCACAUCUUGAGCACAAAAUUGAUGCCCUUCUAUCUGGAAAGUAAAUCUUGUGAUUCGAAUCAAGUAAGAAUAAUGUGUUGGAAUAUAAUCCUUUCUGUGGAAGACAAUUUCCAGAAUAAUGUGUUGACUGAAUUUAAUAGUUAGACUUGUUAAAUGCCAAUCAAUAAACAUAACUGAAA